AUGCUAUCUGAUGUUAUCAACUACAGUCCUACAGAACACAUACACUGUCUAGGUCAUGAGUACCACUACAGCAGCCCUACAGAACACAUCCACUGUCUAGGUCAUGAGUACCACUACAGCAGUCCUACAGAACGCAUCCACUGUCUAGGUCAUGAGUACCACUACAGCAGCCCUACAGAACACAUCCACUGUCUAGGUCAUGAGUACCACUACAGCAGCCCUACAGAACGCAUCCACUGUCUAGGUCAUGAGUACCACUACAGCAGCACUACAGAACACAUCCACUGUCUAGGUCAUGAGUACCACUACAGCAGCCCUACAGAACACAUCCACUGUCUAGGUCAUGAGUACCACUACAGCAGUCCUACAGAACGCAUCCACUGUCUAGGUCAUGAGUACCACUACAGCAGCCCUACAGAACGCAUCCACUGUCUAGGUCAUGAGUACCACUACAGCAGCCCUACAGAACACAUCCACUGUCUAGGUCAUGAGUACCACUACAGCAGCCCUACAGAACACAUCCACUGUCUAGGUCAUGAGUACCACUACAGCAGCCCUACAGAACACAUCCACUGUCUAGGUCAUGAGUACCACUACAGCAGCCCUACAGAACGCAUCCACUGUCUAGGUCAUGAGUACCACUACAGCAGCCCCACAGAACACAUCCACUGUCUAGGUCAUGAGUACCACUACAGCAGUCCUACAGAACGCAUCCACUGUCUAGGUCAUGAGUACCACUACAGCAGCCCUACAGAACGCAUCCACUGUCUAGGUCAUGAGUACCACUACAGCAGCCCUACAGAACGCAUCCACUGUCUAGGUCAUGAGUACCACUACAGCAGUCCUACAGAACGCAUCCACUGUCUAGGUCAUGAGUACCACUACAGCAGCCCUACAGAACGCAUCCACUGUCUAGGUCAUGAGUACCACUACAGCAGUCCUACAGAACGCAUCCACUGUCUAGGUCAUGAGUACCACUACAGCAGCCUUACAGAACACAUACACUGUCUAGGUCAUGAGUACCACUACAGCAGCCCUACAGAACACAUCCACUGUCUAGGUCAUGAGUACCACUACAGCAGCCCUACAGAACGCAUCCACUGUCAGGUCAUGAGUACCACUACAGCAGUCCUACAGAACGCAUCCACUGUCUAG